AUGACUCAAGACUCUGAGAAACAUGAAAGUGAGCGGUUAGGAGAUGAUACAAAGGAUCUGGAGAGGGGGAGGGGAAGAGAGAGAAAGACUCUGACUGGCAAGACCAUCAACCUUGAGGUUGAGCCCAGUAACAACAUUGAGAAUGUCAAAGACAAGGAGGGCAUCCUACCUGAACAGCAGCAUCUGAUCUCUGUGGGCAAACAGCUAGAGGAUGGCCGCACUCUCACAGACUACAACAUUCAGAAAGUGUCCACCCGGCACUUGGUGCUUCAUCUGAGGGGUGGCAUGAAAAUCUCCAUCAAAACCAUGACCCAUAAGACCAUCAUCCAGGAGGUGGAACCCAGUGACACCACUGAGAAUGUCACAGCUAAAAUCCAAGACAAGGAGGGCAUCCUGCCUGACCAGCAGCAUCUGAUUUGUGUGGGCAAACAGAUGAAGGAUGGCUGCACUCUCUCCGAUUACAGCAUUCAAAGAAUCCACCCUGCCCCUCGUGCUUCGUCUGAGGGGUGGCAUCAUUGA